AUGACUUGUUUUGCGUGAAUUUCUUUAAAAAUUAGAAACAAGCUCGACUGCGGGGUAUGCACUAACUAAAUCGGUCGUGUGUGCAGCCGCGUUAGGGGCAGAAUAACUAAAAAUUCAAAUUCAAUAAAUAGCACACGGGCCCCAUUAAGAAGGGGAGCGAAAAGCAGUUUAAUUGAAUUUCAAGUGAAAUUAAAGUAAAGUGUGUGGUGUGUGCCUGCCUGCCUCCCCCGAUAAAAUUGUUAAACGCAAGUGAAUCGCAACGAGUUACGUGAAAAACCACCAAGUGCAAGAAUUCGCUGCUCGCUGCUGUCCCCCCUCAGCCGUACAAGAAAAAAAAAUUGAUUUUCCACAAUUGCAAUUGAAAGGCAGAAAGCAGAAAGGCAAAGAAAAGCAACUGCCGUUGACCGUGCGUGAGUGUGUGUUGUGUUCUGUGUGUGUGUGUGUGUGUGUGUGUGAGAGAGAGGGUGGUGUGGUGGUGUAAAGGGCGCGCGAGCGAAGGAGAGAGCGUAACGAGACAUCGCAUCCUCUUCGCAUGCAAUGAAUAUUGUCGGGGAGUAUGAAUACAGCUCCAAGGAUAUGCUUGGCCAUGGCGCCUUUGCUGUCGUCUACAAGGGGCGUCACCGCAAGAAACACAUGCCGGUGGCCAUCAAAUGCAUUUCCAAGAAGGGACUAAUCAAGACGCAGAAUUUGCUCGGCAAGGAGAUCAAAAUUCUAAAGGAGCUCACCGAACUGCACCAUGAGAAUGUUGUGGCUUUGUUGGACUGCAAGGAGUCCCAGGAUUGCGUCAAUUUGGUCAUGGAGUACUGCAAUGGCGGCGACUUGGCGGAUUACCUGAGUGUAAAGGGUAGCCUGAGCGAGGAUACCGUUCGAUUGUUUCUCAUACAACUAGCUGGUGCUAUGAAAGCACUGUAUACCAAAGGAAUUGUGCAUCGUGAUCUCAAGCCACAAAAUAUACUGCUAUCGCACAAUUAUGGCAAAACAUUGCCAUCACCAUCGAAGAUAACCCUGAAAAUUGCGGAUUUUGGUUUUGCGCGUUUUCUGAACGAUGGCGUCAUGGCAGCCACACUCUGCGGCUCCCCCAUGUAUAUGGCACCCGAGGUGAUCAUGUCGCUGCAGUAUGAUGCCAAAGCGGAUCUCUGGUCGCUGGGCACGAUCGUCUAUCAGUGUCUGACCGGCAAGGCGCCCUUCUAUGCACAAACGCCCAACGAACUGAAGUUCUACUACGAGCAGAAUGCCAAUCUGGCACCCAAGAUACCCCAUGGCGUGUCGCCGGAUUUGAGGGAUCUGCUGCUGUGCCUGCUGCGACGCAAUGCCAAGGAUCGUAUUUCAUACGAGAGCUUCUUUGUGCAUCGUUUCCUGCAGGGCAAGAAGGCUGUCGUGUCGCCAGUUGAUAUGCCACCGCUGGGCGGCACACCGCCGGUGAAGGCCAAGAGUCCAUUGCAACAGCAAAUGGAACAGGAACUGCAGCUGGUCAAGCUGGCGGAGCAGCAGCAGAAGGAGCAGGAGGAGCAGGAAGCGGCCCAGGAUGAAGAGAAUACGGUUUCCGUGGUGGCCAAUCCGGCCAUUUGUGCCACCAUCACCAAUGUGGGAGUGCUCUGCGAUAGCGAGAACAACAGUGGAUCGUGCAGCUCUCAUGAGGAUUCCGAUGACUUUGUGCUGGUGCCCAAGAAUCUGCCCGAGGAUCAGCGUCAGGGUCAGACGAUGCCCACAACUGGGGGCCAGCGUCAACAGCAGCCACAACAAAAUCAAUCCAGUCCGCCACGGCCCAGCAGUCUGCCCAUCUCCGAGCCGAAGCCAGUGCCGGCACCAGCACGCCGCCAAACGGCCGCCCAUCCAGCUGGAGGAGGCGCACUGGCCGGCUCGCCGGCCAGGCAGGGCAACAUGCCGCUGACUGUGGCCACGCUGGCGGCGGCCGGCAAGCAGCUGCCACGCUCCCAGCCCAUCAGUGUGAAGCAGCCGAGGCCGGAUCAGCGCAAGAGCAGCGUGAGCAGUGACAUCAACUCGAUCUCGCCGCCAGCAGUGCAGUUUGCCAUAGGGACACCACCGGGAGGAACCACCCGGAUAAGGUCCGCAUCGGGGGGUUCGCUGUCGGAGACACCGCCGCCGCAUGCGCCGAGCACGUGGCAAGUGUCGCCCGGACACUCGCAGUCACCGCUGCGCAGGAGCGGCAAUAGCUCACCGGUUCUUCCGUCCGCCGCGCUCACCAUACUGCCGACCCUGGGCAGUCCCACAAUGCUGAUGGCACCCGGUUCGCUGGGCUCGAUAGGCUCGUCGGCGGGCAGCGGCUCGGAGAACAACAACCAGCACCAUAUGCUCGGACCGCGUGCCUUCACGCUGCCCGAGCUGGGGGCCACCGGAGGACUGCACAGUCUGCUGGACACGGGCGCCGGAGGCGUUGGCGGUGGCGAACCACAUGCAUUCCAGGCUCCAGAGCUGUCGGAGGAGACGCUGAUGGAUCGCGAGCAUAACGAGACGCUGUCCAAGCUGAACUUUGUGCUCGCCCUCACCGUCUGCAUCCAGGAGGUGGCCGACUCCCGUUGCGCACCUCUCUCCACUUUGAUGGUGGCCGGCAGUCAGACGGCAGCCAAUGCAGACAAUCCCCAACAGAUACCGCCCCAUGCCCCGGAACACUGCAAGCGGGCGGAGCGUCUGGUGUUGCUCGUGCGUGCCCUGCAGCUGCUUUCCAGCGGCCUGAAUCUGGCCUCGCAGCAGCUGCGCAAUGGCCAGCUAAAGCCAUCGUCGAAUGUGAAGAAUGCUCUGCUCACAAUGAACGCCAAGUACCGGAGCAUACUGUUCGAGUCGAAGCGCCUCAAUGGCAGCGGCCUACUGCAGAAGGCGAAUGCAUUUAACAUAACAGCCGACAAGAUACUAUACGACUAUGCGCUGGAUAUGUGCCAAGCAGCUGCCUUGGAUGAGCUACUGAAGAACACCAAGAACUGCUUUGAGCGCUACAAUACCGCGCACAUUCUGUUGCAUUCGCUGGUGCAGAAGUGCAAUCAUCCACAGGACAAAAUGCUAUUGAAUAAAUAUCGCGAUGCCGUUGAGAAGCGUUUGAGCAUAUUGCAACAGCAUGGCUACAUCUAUGUGACCGAUGAAAAUGCCUAGGCGUGUGUGGCACAUAAUAAUGGCAAUCAUUAUCAACAUUUCCUUAAGUUAUUCAACCAGCCCCCGGCCCACCCACACCACCCCCAUUCUUUUGCAACAUGUGAUUCAAAACAAAAACUACUAUAAUUUAAAUAGCCCCCUUGAAAACACACACAGCUUUUGGAGUUAUUGGUCCCCCCACUCACCCCUCAGCAGUUGUCGAAUGUAAAUAUUAUUCUCAGCAAAGCAUAUUAUGUAGUUUUUGUUUUUCUGUAUAAUUUCCCACGCCCCC